CCAUGUCUUCCCCCCUUUGACUUCGUUGUAAAGGGCUCUCUAAUUCUUUGUUAUCUUCUCUCUCUUGCCAUUCCCCCAUCGUCGGACUGAGUGUCGUGGGUUGGUGGUGAUUAGAGGAUCUCUAUUCACUAGCCAACAGCCAGAGAGUAUUAGAGAGUCAAGGGACCAGAUAUAAGUAGGCAUCUUGUUUUUUAACGAGGCUUCUAAUCAAGAGAAAAGAAUAUCCUUUCCGACAUCUAUCUUACCCGCCGCAAUAGAUCAACAGCAUGCAGGCUGAAUCGAAUCAAUCGAUACUUUGCGAUGUUUUCGAGUCCGCGAUUGCGACCGUCCAAUACACGUCCACACAAUAUAAACUAAAUAUACAUCGCCUCAAAGAUCUUCCCGGUGAAUUUAUACAAGUCAAUCAGGCCUUCCCAGUUGCGAAAGAGACUCUUGAGUAUGCCUGCAAAAAUGCGCCCUUGGAUGAAAGCUCUACUACGAGGUUUCAACCUUUAGCUGAAAGCCUCAAAACGAAGGCAGAGGGGCUACAAAAUAUCUUCAUACAAGUUGGAAAGGAGAUGAAGAAUAACUCAAAGUAUACAUCAGUCUUGGACUGCUAUCGCGACACGCUGAGAGCGCUGGAUAAUUCGCACCGUGUCGAGGUCCUCAUGCUCAGUCUCCUAAAGGACUUGGAUGCAUUGUUUACCGAAGACUUGCUUAAAGCUGAAGACUACAUGAAAAAAAAGCUACAAGAAGCCAUUGACAAAAUGUCGCAGGUGAAGUCAUCUGUCUCGGACACUGAUGAUGAGACCCCUGGGGUCGGUUUUACCCAACAUGUUGCCUCUGGAGGAACAGGCAAUCAAUCUUACUAUGGUGGUCACAGUCAUCAAAUUUUCAAUGGUGUUAAUAACUUUGGACCGGAUUUUGGUACCUUUUAUCUUCAAGGUCAAGGCGGUCAUGAUUCACGCCAUGCGGACGCGAAUAAUACUGUAGGCCGUGAUCAGCUACAGAUGAGACCCGCUAGCCGGUCAGAAGCUGGAGGUCGGCCGCGUAGCCGUGAAGAUUUCCAAAUCGCCAUCAUCUGUGCGCGGCCACUCGAGUACGAUGUCGUUUCUUUGCUUUUCGACAAGUUCUGGGACGAUGAUGAGUCGUACGGCCGCGCCCGCGGAGACAUGAACUCUUACACAAACGGCCGCAUGGGCCAGUAUGACGUUGUGCUGGUACUUCUUCCCAACAUGGGCACAGUCGCUGCGGCUGGAGCAGCAGCAAGCUUUCGGUCGAGUUAUCCGAACUUGCAGCUUGCUUUCCUAGUUGGAAUCUGCGGCGGUGUGCCAAGAAGUGGUGAAAACGAAAUUCACUUGGGCGAUGUCAUUAUCAGCAAAUCCGCUGUUCAGUAUGACCUGGGCAAACAAUAUCACAAGGCGUUUAUGAUUAAAGAUACCGUCGAUGACAGUCUCGGUCGGCCAAAUAAGAACAUUCGCAAUUUGGUUGCAAGUUUUGAGACGGAACAUAUAAGAGACCAGUUGCAACGAAAGGCGUGCUUAUACCUGAAGGAUUUACAGAGUGCAGCCGCAAAGAAGCGACGACCACAGAAUUAUCAGUAUCCUGGGAUAAACAACGACAAACUCUUCUUCCCAGCAUAUCGACACAAACAUAGAGGCCGACAACCAUGCCCCUUCUGUGACAACCCGACCGAUACUUUCUGCGAGCAGGCUGCCAAGGCGUCCUGCAUUGACCUUGGCUGCGACGAGACACAACUAGUGAAGAGAACGGACCUAGAGAUAAGAGGUUCUACUGGAGAUCCUGAAAUAUUCGUUGGACGCAUAGCCUCUGGAAACUCGGUGAUGAAGUCUGGAGAACAUCGAGACAAGAUUGCUGAGGAACAAGAGGUAAUUGCGCUUGAGAGGGAAGGGGCUGGUGUUUGGGAUGAGAUUCCUUGUAUUAUCGUGAAGGGUGUGUGUGAUUACGCCGAUAGCCACAAAAAUGACUUGUGGCAACGGUAUGCUGCUGCUACGGCCGUUUCGGUUAUGAAGGCUGUACUUGGACGAUAUACUAUGACUGAUAGAUGAAAACACAAUGUUGAUGUUACUAGUGCUGUGAGAAUAGAGUGGAU